AUGACAGAUACUGAAAAGGUGCCGAUGGCAACGGCCUAUAACAGCUACUAUGACCAGCACAAACAGACGGAAUCUAAUUCUAUUAAACCUCCUACUGUGACCAUCCCUCAUUUUUUUCGGGAAAUUUCAAAUUUUCAAGAGUACUGGGCCAUAUAUAACGCGAUGGUUCACAAGAAUUCUUCAUUGAAUACUAUGGAGAAAAUAAUAUCUUUUAAAAGAAAUUACCAACGGAUGGUUGACACCAUACUGAAAAAAUACAGCAAUGUAACGAACGUCCGUGCGAAUGUCACAAAAGAACUUUCCUCCUUACCCGCGGCAAAGAACAACGCCAAAUCGUGUGACGCGGUAUUUGAUAACAUAAGAGCCCUCGUUAAUGAAAUGACGUCUUCAGGUUUUACGGUAGUGAACAUUUGUGACCCCAUGUGGAUUGAGACAAUACUCAAAAAGCUUCUGUGUCAAAUCGCAGAGGGAUUCUUACGUGAAAAUUAG